AUGAGGCUUUCUACAGCCACUCUUACCUUCUUUGGCAUGGUGACAUCUGCCAUUUCUACGCCCGCCAUGAUGCGUCCCGCUCAGUACAACAAUGCAACUACCGCAAAUGCAGACGACAGAUACCGUUACGAUUCCGAUGUGCAAACGCUCGUCGCAGAAAGUAUGGCUGGUCCCAACGGCAAAGUCAACAUCGGUUACUUUGUCAACUGGGGCAUUUACGGUCGCAACUUUCAGCCGCAAGAUAUCGAUGUCACAGCGCUUACCCAUAUUCUUUACGCGUUUGCCGAUUGCGACGCUACGACUGGGGUGGCUAAGCUCACAGAUACAUAUGCCGACCAAGAGAAGCAUUAUGCCACAGACAGCUGGAGUGAGCCUGGAACCAAUCUAUACGGCGCUAUGAAGCAGUUGUACCUGCUCAAAAAGGCCAACCGCGGUCUCAAGACCCUCCUGUCGUUUGGCGGGUGGACCUACUCCCAAUCCGGGCACUUCAACUUUGUCACCAACCCCUCGGCACGGGCAACUUUCAUUUCCACAGCCAUCACUUUGCUUGAAGACAAUGGAUUUGACGGCAUCGAUAUCGAUUAUGAAUAUCCGUCGUCCACUGAACAGGGCAAUGGGUUUGCAGCACUCAUCGCCGAACUUCGCACAGCUCUGGAUAACCACGCGCGAAACAAAGGGGAUGUCAUCCCAUAUCUCGUCACAGCCGCAGUCGGCGCUGGUCCGACUGGGUACAACACUCUCCCGAUUUCACAACUCAACUCUGCGCUCUCCUUUUGGAACCUUAUGGCAUACGACUAUGCUGGAUCGUGGAGCACGGUCAGCGAUGACCAGGCGAAUCUCUAUCCUGGUCAGACGAUGACCGGAUUCAGUACCGAAACCGCUUUAAACUAUUACCUUAGUCACGGUGCUUCUCCAAACAAGGUUGUCAUGGGUAUACCGCUGUACGGUCGAGCGUUCACCAAUACUGCCGGGAUCCGUAAGCCAUUCAGUGGCGUAGGCCCUGGGUCUUGGGAGAAUGGGGUUUGGGAUUACAAGGAUCUGCCGAGACCUGGAUCAACCAUCACAGAGGAGUCAGACUCGGUCGCUUCAUACUGCUACGACGCCGGCGCGCAAACUCUCGUAUCCUACGAUACACCGAAUGUAGUGGACAAGAAAGCGGCCUAUAUCAACAGCAGAGGUCUUGCUGGAGGCAUGUUCUGGGAACUAUCCAACGACAAAAGGGGCUCCGAGUCGCUCGUGGGCACUGUAGCACGGGCACUUGGCAAGCUGGAUACGACGCAGAACCAUCUGAACUAUCCAGGCUCCAAGUUUGAUAACAUUCGAAGUCAGAUGGGAGCUAUGCCCCCGACAACCACCUCGUAUAUCAGCACAUCGGCGCCAACGACAACCGUGGUAGUGUCAACACCACCAGCAUCAUCGACCAAUAGCUCGACAGUUGGUGGAACAUGUGCUGGUAUGGCUGCCUGGAGCUCAACUGCGGUCUACACAGCGGGGAUUCAAGUCACGUAUGCUGGAUACUUGUGGCAGGCAAAAUGGUGGACUCAAGGAGAGACGCCAAGAGUGUAUGAAGGCAGCCCGUGGAAUCAACUCAAGUCGUGCUGA